AUGUCCUCACAGAGCCUCGCAUACCCACCUGCUCAUUCUUCAUUGUCGUACCUCUCUGCAUCAAAUUCAGAUACUAGUGCUCAACAGUUCCGAUUCCCUCAUUACAGGAAGGUCAUGAACUUCAGCUCUGGGUUUCCUUUUCUUAUCAGCAUUUCUUUGAGUAAUCACAGCGAAUCACUGUUCAGAGAAGAGAGUAAAGGACUUGAAUUCUACUCAAUCUUAUGUCGCAGAUCAAGUUUUGUCACGUGGGGAAGCUUUGUGUUGUGCCCAAGAAUCAGCAAGAACAAACCAUCCAUGGCUUCUUUGAUUCGCUCAUGGAGGUUAUGGUCUUUUGCAUUGAUACUUGCAGCAGCAGUAGGCGAAAAUGGUUCAGCCAUGGGUGGUGGGAGCUAUGGUGAUUCUCCUGGGUCUGGAGGGUUUCAACCUAGCCAAUGGUCUCUUGCUCAUGCCACUUUCUAUGGGGAUGAGACUGCCUCCGAGACUAUGGGAGGGGCAUGUGGGUAUGGAAACUUGUUCAUCAACGGGUAUGGCUCCGCGACGGCAGCUUUGAGCUCGACCCUUUUCGACGACGGGUAUGCUUGCGGGACAUGUUAUCAGAUCAAGUGCGUGCAGUCGCCCUGGUGCUCCGUCAGUUCACCUUUCACCACGGUCACAGCCACCAACCUCUGCCCGCCCAACUGGUCCCAGGACUCAAACAAUGGCGGGUGGUGCAACCCACCCAGCGUCCAUUUUGACAUGUCCAAGCCCGCCUUCAUGAAGAUCGCUCAGUGGAAGGCCGGCAUAGUCCCCGUCAUGUACAGAAGAGUACCCUGCAUAAAGCCAGGAGGGAUCAGAUUCCAGUUCCAAGGGAAUGGCUACUGGCUCCUGGUGUACGUGAUGAAUGUGGGGGGAGGGGGAGACAUCGUGAGCAUGUGGGUCAAAGGAAGCAAGACAGAUUGGAUCAGCAUGAGCCACAACUGGGGUGCUUCAUACCAAGCCUUUGCAAGCCUUGGAGGCCAAUCUCUCUCCUUCAAGCUCACCUCCUACACCACCGGAGAGACCAUCAUUGCCUACAACGUUGCUCCUUCCAACUGGAACGCAGGGUUGGCUUACCAAGCCACUGUCAAUUUCCACUAGCCAGCUUUGCAAUUCUUGUUAUGCUAAAGGGAGACUUACUUAUCUGUCUGUAAUAGCUUCUAUAAGCACGUGUACUACUCGAUGGAGGGGUUCAAAUGGGAAAGAGAAUCCUUUUGGAUGACUACCAUAAUUUGAACACUUCUUUCAGAUACCCUCUUUGUCAAAUUCAUCAUCCCACUUCAGCAAAAUCGCUCUAAUUAUCCUCCUCCUUGUAUAAAACAAGUUUUGAGGCCCAAGUUGAGAGAAGAAGAUGGAAAGAGAUCACUGGACAAAAAACUUUUCUGAGGACUGGCAAUUUUGCUACUUCGAUGUUUGACCUGAAUGCGAAACUUUUGGGUCUCCUGAAAAGAAACCAAUUGGAAGAAGGGCCAUGCGAGGCAACAUGAGACCCACAAAGGUUGGUGUAGUGGGGAACAUUUUCAUCAACUACAUAUGGAGUUAAGUGUGGCUUCCUUACCUUUUCCUUAAGCAUGCCAAAACCCUUUUCUUUUUUGGUUUCCAAUUUUAUGUUUUUUGGGUUGGUCAUAUGAACUUUCAUCAUCGACCCACCUCCCCAAUCAUUGCGCUCAACAUGCUCCACUGACCCCCAAUUUGAAAAUUCCUUCUUCUUUUUCUCCUUUCGGAGGAUUCUUUAGACAAAGUAAAGAUUUGUCUUUGCAGAAACUUCACCUUGCAAAGAAAAAUGAGUCCCUGAUUGAGAAGAACUCAAGCUAUCCAUGAGAGAUGCAAAUGACUGCAUCAUGCAGUGAGGUAAAAAGGUGUGACCUUUAGGACCUUUAAGGCUUUAACGA